GCCGGCUCCAGUCGCGACUUUGGAAUUCUAGGCAGGCAGGCGGUCGCGAGGGAAGCUUCAUAGAGGUGAUUCGAGGAGUGCCAUUUUUCAAUGAACAAAGCAGUUGUGUCUCCAAGACGACUUUUUAUCUCUGCUGUCAACCUAUCUAGUCGGAUUUUGCUUUUUUGGUCUUCCAGCACAAUGCCUCCGAAACAGGCAACGCUUGGGAGGUUUUUUGGGGGUACUCAAGGGGCGAGUCCAGGCCCUGCGAAGCAAACACUUCUCUCAUUUUCCUCGAAAUCUACGAAUAAAUCCAAGGUCAAGACCCCAGAUGUGAAGGAAGAGGACCUUGAGGAUGAGGAUAUGGCAAAUGAGAGCAGAACCCCUAAAAGUGAUGAGGAUGCUGUGAACGAGCAGCUGGCCUCGGAGUUGAAGACUAGUACUUCACCCAAUGGCAAAGACUCCAAGAAACGGAUUAGAGACGAGGCUCUAGAAGAUUCCAAAAGCGAAGCUGCAGCAUCCCACGAAUCAAAAAAGCUAAAGGGGGAACAAGAGGAGGAGGAGGAUGAGGAACCCGUCUUGAAACGACCACGCCGAAAUGGCCAGGAAUCAACGGUAUCGAAGGAUGCAUCCGAAACCAAGCCAAAUAAGAAAGAUAUUGCGGCAGCGACUAAGAAAGGCAAGGGAAAGGCAGCUACUAAGGGUAUCAAGAAGGAGGUGGUGGAGGUUGAAGACGAUACGCCUCUUGCCAAGCCAGAGAGGAAAGCAUCAGCUACCCCAGAAGAAAGCUCGGAGGUAGAGGAGGAAAUUGAAGAAGAUGAGGAAGAUGAGAAGCCAGAACUGGCUGCGAAAACCCGGGAGAAGAUACAGACGACCCUGAAGUCGCAUAGCAAGGACCCAUAUCCAGACUGGAAACCCGGAGAGCCAGUACCAUACGCAGCACUCUGCACGACGUUUUCGCUCAUUGAGAUGACAACGAAACGGUUGAUCAUUGCUGCACAUUGCUCUCUUUUCUUGCGUCAAGUCCUCCGCCUCACACCGGACGAUCUUCUGCCAACUGUUCUCCUCAUGAUCAACAAACUGGCGGCAGACUAUGCUGGCAUUGAGUUGGGGAUUGGCGAGUCACUCAUAAUGAAAGCCAUCGGCGAAGCCACUGGCCGAAGUCUAGCAGUCAUCAAGCAGGAUCAAAAGGAGAUCGGUGACUUGGGGCUGGUGGCUGUCAAGAGCAGGUCCAACCAGCCAACCAUGUACAAACCCAAGCCGCUGACGGUCAGGGGUAUUCACAAGUCUCUGUUGCGUAUUGCAGUUAUGCAGGGCAAUGGGGCACAGACCCGCAAAGUAGACGGCAUCAAGAAGCUGCUCUCUGCUGCUGAUAGCGAAGGCGGUAAGGUCGAUCUUGCAAAGGACAAGGGAGGCCCAAGUGAAGCCAAGUUUAUCGUCCGAUUUCUGGAGGGUAAACUGAGACUCGGCCUGGCUGAGAAGACGGUCUUGGUAUCGCUGGCUCAGGCCAUGGUCUGCCACGAGACCGAGAGUAAAGGAAGGGACAAGGUUCCUUCCACGGAUCAGCUCGCUAAGGGGGAGCAGGUCCUCAAAGCCGUCUACAGCGAGCUUCCGAGUUACGACGUAAUUAUUCCAGCUAUGGUCCAGCAUGGCAUCUUCAAUCUCCGAGAGAACUGCAAGCUCCAGCCGGGAGUGCCGCUCAAGCCUAUGUUGGCAAAGCCAACCAAGGCCAUUACGGAAGUCCUCGAUCGAUUUGAGGGCCAGACAUUCACAUGCGAGUACAAAUACGAUGGCGAAAGAGCCCAGAUCCAUUAUGUAUCCAAGGAUUCAGAGACAAAAUACCAAAGCAGCGUGCCUGCAGCUGCCAAGGGAACAGCAGGUGGACUGGCGGCUAUCUUCUCGCGCAACUCGGAGGACCUAUCCAAGAAAUACCCUGAUAUCUUAGAGAAGCUCGGCACGUGGGUCAAGCCUGAGACCAAGAGCUUCGUCCUCGACUGCGAGACCGUAGCGUGGGACAUGGUGGAGAAGAAAGUUAUGCCCUUCCAACAGCUCAUGACUCGCAAGAAGAAGGACGUCAAGACCGAAGACGUCAAAGUCAAAGUCUGCGUCUUCGCCUUCGACCUCCUCUUCCUCAACGGCGAAGCCAUCGUCGGGAAGCCCCUCCGCGAGCGCCGCUCCCUCCUGCACACAGCCUUCACCCCCGUCGAGGGCGAAUUCGCCUUCGCCACCUCCAUGAACGGCCAAGAAAUCGACGAGAUUCAAACCUUCCUCGACGACUCCGUCAAGGCCUCCUGCGAGGGCCUCAUGGUCAAAAUGCUCGACGGCGUCGAAUCGGGCUACGAGCCCAGCAAGCGCUCCCGCAACUGGCUCAAGAUCAAGAAGGACUACCUCGCCGGCAUCGGGGACUCGCUCGACCUGGUGGUGCUGGGCGCGUAUCACGGCAAGGGGAAGCGCACGAGUGUGUACGGCGCUUUCUUGCUGGCCUGUUACAAUCCGUCUACCGAGCGCUACGAGACAGUCUGCAACAUCGGCACGGGCUUCAGCGAGGAAGUACUCGAGACGCUCCACGCCCAACUCGCAGACACCGUAAUCGACCGCCCCAAACCCUUCUACGAGCACAGCAAGGUCAACGCGCACCAGCCCGACGUGUGGUUCGAGCCGCGCUUCGUGUGGGAGGUGCGCACGGCGGACUUGACGCUCAGCCCGAAGUACCGCGCUGGGUACAAGGAGGGCAUCGCGCCGAAUGCGGAGAAGGGGGUUAGUUUGAGGUUUCCGAGGUUUAUUAAGAUUAGGGAUGAUAAGAAGGUCGAUGAGGCAACAACGAGUAGGCAGAUUGCGGAGAUGUAUCGCAGGCAGGAGAGUGUGAGCAAGGGGCCGGCGGCGGAUGAUGAUUUUGAGUAUUAGGGUACUCGAUACUGUUUUUGUGAGCUGGGUGGGCGAGCGUUGGUGUUUUUGGGAUGCAUGGGCUUGCUUUGAUUCGAAGGGGAG